GCCACAUGUUUUUUAAGAGUCUCCAGGGCUACCAUCUGUCCACUUUUGCAGUGAUUCCUGAAGAAUUUACUGAAUCGCACACAGUCCAAAAACAACAGCCAGAGACCUUUCAACAUGAGUCUACAACCUCCGUCGCUCGCAAUGAGGGCCAAAGGAGGAGCUGCUCCUUCCACCAAAGCUGUCAUUUUGGUUGGAGGACCUUCCAGAGGCACCAGAUUCAGGCCAUUGUCCAUGGAACUGCCCAAGCCACUUUUCCCCGUUGCAGGUCAUCCGAUAAUCGAGCACUGUUUCCGUGCCGUCUCCAAGGUGCCCGAGAUCAAAGAAGUCUUCAUCGUAGGCUAUUAUGAGGAAUCCGUCUUCCAGCCCUUCAUCAACUCCAUCGCCAACGUCUUUCCUCAACUCAGCGUCAAGUACCUCCGAGAAUACCAGGCAUUGGGCACAGCAGGCGGUCUAUACCACUUCAGAGAUGUCAUAUUGAAGGGCCGGCCCGAUAGGUUCUUCGUCCUCAACGCAGAUGUGUGCUGUUCGUUCCCACUCAACGACAUGCUUAAGCUAUUCGAGGACAAGGACGCCGAGGCCGUGAUGCUAGGGACGAGGGUUGCGAAUGAGUCGGCCACGAACUUCGGUUGCAUUGUGUCGGAUGCGCAUACCAAGCGAGUACUUCACUACGUCGAGAAACCAGAGUCUCAGAUUUCAAACCUCAUCAACUGCGGAGUCUACCUGUUCUCCACCGAGUGCAUCUUCCCCGCGAUUCGAAGCGCUAUCAAACGCCGCACGGAGCGCCCACGACUACUGUCGUAUCCAUCUUCAGAAAAUCUCGAGUCGUCUUUCUAUCAAGGCGACGAGGAUGACGAAGACCGGGAGAAUGCUGUUAUUCGCUUGGAGCAGGACGUCCUGUCUGAUAUUGCGGACAGUAGGCAAUUCUUCGUGUUAGAGACCAAAGAUUUCUGGCGCCAGAUUAAGACCGCUGGCUCUGCGGUGCCAGCCAAUGCUCUGUACCUCAUGAAGGCCUUCCAAUCCCAAUCCGAAGAGCUUGCCACGCCAUCUGCAAACAUUAUCCCACCAGUCUACAUCCACCCCUCAGCACAUGUAGACCCGACCGCAAAGCUUGGACCUAACGUCUCGAUUGGCCCUCGCGUCCAUGUCGGCGCUGGUGUCCGCAUCAAAGAGUCGAUUGUAUUGGAAGACUGCGAAAUCAAGCAUGAUGCGUGCGUCAUGUACACAAUCGUAGGCUGGCACAGCAAAAUUGGCGCUUGGGCCCGAGUCGAGGGUACGCCUACACCAAUCACUAGCCACACGACAUCUAUCGUCAAGAACGGCGUCAAAGUGCAGAGCAUCACGAUCCUUGGCAAGGAAUGCGGUGUUGGAGACGAGGUCCGUGUGCAGAAUUGCGUAUGUCUGCCUUACAAGGAGCUGAAGAGGGAUGUUUCUAACGAGGUCAUAAUGUGAGUGGCUUUCUGGCUUCAUGAUACCACGGGCAGUGUUCUGCAUGCUUGUCACAUAGAAAGUUAUGGGAUGGUUUGGUAAUGAUUGGGCUCGCUGUACGGAGGUUAUGCACAACAUGAAAAGUGAUCAGCAUGACAACUGGAUAGAGAAUUCCACUAGCAUUUGAGGAUCUACU